UUUGGAGGUGGUGGAGGAUCUUUUGGAGGUGGAGGAAGUGGAGGAGGAUCAUUUGGAGGUGGUGGAACAAGUGGUGGAGGGAACACAGAUGGCCCCGAUGGUCCAGCCAUCUACACCUUCAAGUGGGAUGUUAAUGACCCGCCGUCUAAUAACUUCUACGGUCACGAGGAAGACCGUAACGGCGUCAACACGCAGGGCAGAUACUACGUUCGGUUACCAGACAGCCGUCUAAUGAAGGUGGAAUACUACGUGGAUGACUGGGGCUACCACCCAACUGUUACCUUCGAGGGCACGGCUAUAUUCCCACCCAGUGGGGGACCUAUUAAUCCACGACCCACUCCAGGUCCUGGAAAUCCGGGAACUCCAAGUCCAUAUCCAACGAAUCGUCCACCUAUACCAACUCAACCACCUGGGCUCUAUGGCUUACCUGUUGGGCGAUGAAGAGCCUAUGGAGAUCCACUAUACCAUUGAAUUCACAUUUAUCAAACUUAUAGGAAAUUGAGAUUUUUUUUAACUUGGCCCGAGCAUACGGUAGCAACUGCCUAUGACGAAAAUUUCUUGUAAUCUUUACUGUUAGUUUUACUAUUUUUAUUUGAACAGUUUGGAAAAAAUUGAGUUGAGGGACAAUACAAAAUAGAGAUGAGACCCCAGUGAACGCAGCAGCCUAUGACUAAUUCCCGCAUCUUCUGUCUCCAUAUUUCAUUACUUAUUUUUAGCAAAAUCCAUUUCUACAAAGGAAUUUGUAAAUUAAUUCUAGAAUAAUUUAAUUAAUUAAUUAAAUGAUAAUUUUUAAUUGACAAAUUCAAAGAAUAAGGCAAUAUUAAACGUCCUGCACAACGAGCCACCAACAAUUGACAAUUGUCGAAAUUGCCAUUAGGCAAUUUCGAGUCACACGCUU